AAUUUAUAACCAUCAAGUCUCCUGAAUUAAGGAGACGUGCCAACAUCCUCUCCACUUGUGGUCUCUUCUUUCUCUUCGAGCCCUAACCCUCAUCUCCUGCUCUCAUUGCUCGUCUCCUCAGGUAUUGCCAGGCAUUGCUGAGUCUAUUGCCUUGAGAUCUAUUCCCAAGGUGCUGAAUAUUUGCGUAUAGCGAGCUCUUAAUUUUCAGAUGUUAGGAUAUAUUGGUACAUAUUGACAACUUGUAUAUACACAUAGAAGUGACGUCAUACAAUUGAAUAAAAAGAGAUUUCAUCCUCUGUUUUUCUGCUUUACUAUCACCCUCCCAACGCUAUCUAGCUACUUAACCCACUUGGCUGCAAUAUCCCAAAGUCUUUACACGGCAAUGGCUCACCAAUGCUUUGAGCUCGCAUUGAUGGUCUUGGGUGUUUGGGUCUCUGGAGCCACGGCUCGUGGCAUUGCUGACGAGCCUAUGCGGACAAAGCACGAGCAGUGGAUGGCUCAGAAUGGGCGGGUCUACACGGAUGCAGCAGAGAAGGAGCGACGAUUCCAAAUCUUCAGGGACAGCUACGAGUACAUCAAGUCUGUCAAUAGAGCCGGCGAUCGCAAGUAUAAGCUCGGCCUCAACCAGUUUGCUGACUUGACCAACGGGGAGUUCAAGGCCUCUCGCCUUGCAUUCAAGCCCAUGCCUACGGCGUCCACGACAGGAAGCUUUCAGUACGCCAACCUGACCGACGUGCCUAACAGCAUGGACUGGAGAACCAGAGGUGCAGUUACUCCCGUCAAGAAUCAAGGCUCGUGCGGGUGCUUUUGGGCAUUCUCUUCUGUGGCUGCCAUUGAAGCGAUUACUCAAAUCAAGACCGGCAACUUGGUCUCCUUGUCGGAACAACAACUCGUGGACUGUGAUGUUAACGAUGGAAACCAAGGAUGCGACGGGGGACUCAUGACUCGUGCCUUCCAAUACGUCAUUGAUAAUGGAGGGAUAACAACUGAAGAUAACUACCCUUACAUGGCAGCUAAUGGCACUUGUGACACCAACAAGACAUCAUCAUCGGCAGCUACUAUCAGCGGCUACGAGAGCGUGCCUGCAAAUAAUGAGUCCUCGCUCUUACAGGCGGUCGCGAACCGGCCUGUUUCAGUUGGCAUCGAUGGUAGUGGGCAAGACUUCCGGCACUACUCCAGUGGCAUCUUCACCGGUCCGUGUGAAACGGAAAUGACCCACGCUGUGACCGCUGUUGGUUACGGGAUAGCUGAGGAUGGGACUGAAUAUUGGCUGGUAAAGAAUUCAUGGGGUACAACUUGGGGUGAGACGGGAUACAUGCGCAUCCAGCGUGAUGUCGGUGCACCGGAAGGGCUCUGUGGUAUGGCCAAGCUUGCUUCUUACCCAACAGCAUAAAUUCAACGAUCUUCUACAAUGACAUCUUAUUAAUAACUUAGAGGAAUCCUUCCCCACACAAAAAAAUAUAAGAAUGAGAGAGAGAGAGAGAGAGAGAGAGAGAGAGAGAGAGAGAGAGAGAAAAUAAUGCUUAUAUCAUUCUGUCAUGUAAUAACUUUUAUGUGUUAUUGCUUAGUUAAGCAAAGUAAUCUUAUAGUGUUGAGACUUGCUCCUAUUUGUAGCUAUACUUUGAUACAAAGCUGCUUUGUGUUGUUCAUGAA